UUCCAAAUUUGGAAUUCACCACGCCGUCGAAAUCUUGAACCCCCACCCCACCCACACCGCCGCCGCCGCCGGCCCCGACCCCGGCGUCUCUAUGCACCCGCUGCCACCUCCAUCUCCACUCCCAAGCCACCGCGACCGCCGCAUCUACGGCUGCAGUCCACAGGGACAAGGGAACCGUUGCUUGGCGGAGGCAUCCGGGUUGCCCUGGCUUCCCCGGCAGAGUCGUCGCGAGAUCAUGCGGUGACGGUGCAGACUGCGGAGUCGGCCGUCUCAGAAUUAAUAUCCAUCAACGAGGCGGGCCUGAAGUCUCUACUUCACGAGACCAGGGAUAUAUCUCCUCCUCAUGGUCAUGGGGUGGAUGUGGCUAUGGAGAUUCGAGCAGAAAAAGGCAUGGAUGGAGAAGCUGAUAAAAAGAUCUGCCAGGUUUCAAGGGUGCCCUCUGCUUCUCUAAAUGAGCGGAUCCUUUCUUCUGCAUUCCAGAAUCUUGCUGCUUACCCAUGGCACGACCUGAAGCUAGGUCCUGGAGCUCCUGCUGGUCCCAACUGUGUGAUUGAGAUUACUAGAGUCGGGAAGGUUAAGCAUGAUUUGUAUAAAGACAAAGCUUCUGUUCUUAUCAAGGUUGAUCGUGUCCUUUACUCAGUUGCUUAUGGCUUUAUUCCACGCACACUGGUUGAUGACAAUGACCCCAUGGACGUCCUUGUCCUGAUGCAUGAACUGCUUGCUCAUGUCUGUUUCCUGCGUGCACGUGCUACUGGUCUUAUGCCUAUGAUUGAACAGGGUGAGAAAGAUGAUAAGAUCAUAGAUGUAUGGGCUCAUGACCCUGAAUACCGUGGUAUCGAAGACAUCAGUGAACUUGUCCCCCAGUGCCUUCAGGAGAUUCGUCGCUUCUUUGAAAAUUACAACAAGAGUGAAAGCAAUGAGGUUGCAGUGAAUGAUUUCCUCCCAGCAGAAUAUGUCAUCAAGAAGUACUCAACGGACCUCUCGAGAGUCAUGCGGUUGACGAAGAUCUGCUGAAGUAUUGGACAUCCACACGUGAAUCCUGAAAGGAGGCAUAGUUCGGUAUCAUAGUGUCCUUCAUGGAAAUACUAGUUUGCCUUUUGCACUGUAAAUAUAACAGUUCAGGGAAAUUCUUGCACAUCAAAGAAGGUGCCAAAAGGAACUUGACUGGAAGCUCCGCUGACCUGAUGCAUCAACCUCAUGUGAUUGUGGAUAAUAGUGAUGCUGUAAAGAAAAAUGAGCUUGUCUGAUUGCCAAAUUUGUACAGUGCAAAUUUUGCCUCAAUUUCCCUAUUCUGGGUAAAACUUCUGUCAUCUGAUAUGUCGUUGUAGAUAUGGUUUUUUUACUGUUGAAUUUGAAUACCACUUUUCUCUA